CUCAUAUACACAUAAGGUUAACUGUUCGAUUUACAUAAAAUUUAUAGAUACUAAACCCUAAAUUCACAAAGUAUCUCAUCCGCUGCGGACGAAACCAUGUCCUAUGAUCCGGUCGAAGAAUAUUCAAAUGCUGACGCAUGCAUCUUUUGGGACAUGGGGAGUUACCCAUCCCUAAUGGUCUGGAUCCUUGUUUAGUUAAAGAGAAGAUCAACUCAGAGCUCAUGGAUCUAGGUUGUAGGGGGGAUGUGUCAAUGCACGCUUACGGUAAUAAGGAUACAUUCUCGGAUGACACAAAACGUUGACUCUAUAUAUUGACUGAGAACGUUGAUCCUAGCAAGAGAGCUUCGUGGAA